CAAGCCCUCAUCGAUCUGUCCGAGAGAGAGAUAAGAAAAGAAUGGAAGAAAGCGCAGUGCCUGGCUGCAUCUUUAUACCAGCAGACCCCUCCUCUCCAUCUCUCCCGCUCUCUCUCUUUCUCUUCCCCACCACCCCCACCCCCCUCUGUCUGCCUGCCAGCUGAUGCUGACUGGAGGUGAAGCGGUUUUCCUUUCCUCUCGUCAUCCCGGGAAACAUUGACGGACAGAUAGACUAACUGAGGUUUUGGAUUUUGACACCGGCUACUACUUGGUGAUGACAGCGGGAGGAAACGAAUUUAAAAAAAAAACAAGCCAACGCCGACACAUACAUCCGACAGAAACCAAGAGUGCACAGUAACGCAGGGGAGAAACAACUUCCAGCGGUUGUGUCCACGGGGCGGUCUGCGGGGAGCUCUGGAGCUGUUGCCACCAGGAAGAGAUGGAGUUUUCGGAGGACUUCCUGCUGGCUCAGCUGGGUCACCUGCAGUUCGACAACGAGUCGAUUUUCCAGAACAACUUCAGUGGUUCUUACAACGAUACUGCCUUACUGCCAAUGGGGGUGAAGGUCACCAUUGUGGUCGUCUACAUGAUUGUCUGUGUCAUCGGCCUGGUGGGAAACUUCCUGGUCAUGUAUGUCAUCAUAAGAUACACUAAGAUGAAAACUGCCACUAACAUCUACAUCUUUAACCUGGCUCUGGCUGACUCUUUGUUCCUGGCUACUUUACCUUUCCAGGGCACCGAUGUGUUCCUAGGCUUCUGGCCAUUUGGGAACGCUCUGUGCAAGGCUGUGGUGUCUAUCGACUACUACAACAUGUUCACCAGCACCUUCACCCUGACAGUGAUGAGUAUGGACAGGUACGUGGCCGUCUGCCACCCUGUCAAAGCACUGGACAUGAGGACUCCUCACAAGGCCAAGGUGGUGAAUAUCUGUGUGUGGGUGUUGGCAUCUGCCUUUGGCGUCCCGGCAAUGGUCUUGGGAAAUGUAGAGGUGGAACCAGAGCACAACAGCGUUGAGUGCAUUGUGGGGUUACCUGAACCAAGGGAUCACUGGGACCCUGUCUUUGGAACCUGUGUCUUCCUCUUCUCCUUCCUUAUCCCUGUGGCAAUCAUCAGCAUCUGCUACAGCCUGAUGGUCAAGCGCCUGCGCAAUGUUCGCAUCCUGUCCGGUUCCAAGGAAAAGGACCGCAACCUGCGGCGCAUCACCAGGAUGGUCCUGGUGGUGGUGGCAGCAUUUGUCGUAUGUUGGACCCCCAUCCAGAUCAUGGUCCUUGCUCAAUCACUGGGCUUCAACCUGAGCAGCUUGUUCACGCUGGUUCUGAUGCACUUCUGCAUUGCGCUGGGCUACGUCAACAGCAGCUUGAAUCCUGUGCUCUACGCCUUCCUGGAUGAGAACUUCAAACGCUGUUUUCGUGAAUUCUGCCACCCGUCUCCAUUCCGUCUCGACACCCAGCAGUCUGGCAGGAUGAGAAGCAUUGCUAGAGAGGUGGCAGCAGCCUACAGCUACAAGGCUGGAGAUGGCGGGGGGCUUGGAGGAGGGACGCCUAAUCCAGCAUGACUAGGCGUGGAGCUCCCUUUGGUGGGGGUAGACCCCCAACAGAGGAGAGAGAACCAGGGAAAAGGGAACUCCAACACAGAAUUGACUCAAAUUACAGCUCUCUAGCGGCACGAGCCCCCCCGCCCCCCAACUAGAAGACUAGCCUGGGGUGGGGGGGAGGGAGAUGAGGAUGAUGCGGUAGAAAGGAAAAGAAUUUAGAAAUAAGAAUGGGGAUCACAACAUAAGACCCAUAGGGUGCUUGUAUGGAUGGAAGGAAAUGGGAUACGUUAAAAGUUUGGGUGGGAAAGGUGGUGGACAUAUGGGUUGGAUAUGGUGCCGAAUGACUUGGAACGAUCUUGGAAUGACUUUGGCCUUAACGCAACUGAGGCUGUCAGAUAUUUUGGAAUGGAGCUACAGAUAUUAGAAAACAUUAGUAAGACUUACUCAAGGAUCCAACUAUCUUGAGGUGGAUGUAAAAUCAAAAAGGUGACAGCAUUAUUAGUUUAUUGCAGCUCUAAAAACAACAUCCUUACUAACAGAAAUUGGAUCUACCAACUGAGGCUAGUACCCUGUUUCUGCAUCUCUAGGAAGAUGUCUGACUCUGUAUUUGGGUAAGAUAAGACAGGGGUAGACUUUUGGAGAGAGCAUUUAAACAGUAUGGGAUUAAUAAGCAGCUGCACAUAGCAAAAUCUCUGAAACCACCAUGCACUACUUUGGUGCUUGCAGAGAGAAUAUAAACAACAGUGGAAGCAUGGAUUGUGUCUAUCUGGCAGUAAGGACCACGGAUUGAAGACUUGGCAAGGAAGUGUAAAGCUUUCUGGAAGUGUGAAAUGGAGAAUAAACUCUUUCACUACAGUUUAUUGUAUCUUAAUCUGUUGAUGUUUCAGACUAAAGAACUUCAUGCCAUGAGUGGUGGGAAGCAGUGGACAAAACGCAAAUUCAGUCUGAGCUGAUCCGAUCUCAGUAUGGGGUCUUUAUUGUGAUGGUUUCUCUAAAAAUUGGUCUACAUAAUGAUAAUAUGCUGCUGAGCCAUUAUUAGGACUUCAAUGGACACACACAAGUGUAAUUUGAUAUCUGCGACUGUAGACAGGAAGUUGGAUGUAAUAUCUGCAAACAAUAGAUGGCAUAGGGAAAAUAACAAUGUGCAACAAGCUACUCUUGAGCAGUAUUUCUUAAACUGUGUCUAUGGACCCAGAAUGGGUCACAUGAAUGUUAUUAGGAGCAACAUUUCUUAAUGUGUUCUGAAUAAAAGACAAAAUAAGACUGGGAAAUCCUGUCCUAAAACAAGUUUCCUAGAAUUUUUGUGAUUUUUGAAAACUUUCUAUGACCACCUGUGAGGUGUUGGAAAUUUAGAGUUGGGGAGGGGGGAGGGGGAUAUUGUAACCUGAAAGAACAGCAAAAACUCAAGCCUAGUAAGGGUAUAAUCGCGUUAUUCCUUUUCUUCUUCCUGCUGUGUUUUAAGACACAAAAUGAAGGACAGUGCCUGUCUCUGGUGGGUCCACACAUGUCAAUUAGCCUGUAUCUCAGGAUAUAUGUACCCAUAUAUCAUUAGUUGCUCUGACUUGAAACAUAAUAAACAUAAUCUUUUAACAUGACCUGGGCAAAUCUAAAGUGUAUACUGUAUAUACGUGGAUGUCUUACAAGACAUCUGAAAUGUAUAAUUUACUAGAUAACAAUGAAGCGAUUAAUGAUAAUGGAUUUGUUUUGCCUAAUUCGAAUAAAGAUUGAAAAACAAUCCUCAUAUAUUCAUCAUAUGCUUACCAGAUGGUAUUUACAACACAUCUGUGAUUGUACCAUUGAAACAGACAUUUCUUGUGGAACUUUUCAGGACAAUGUGCCUUUAAAAAUGAAUAUAAGGAAAUACACAUUACACCAAACAUGAUGGCAGGGCCACACAGUCUGCCUUGUGUUCGCUAAUAUAAACAGUUAAAGACAUUCUCCCCAGAACUACAAUUGGCAAGUUGAGACAACAUUGCCAAAGGUAGAUGAAAUAAAGAAAAAAAGAUUCUAGCUCUUAGCAUAUUGUAGGUAAGUAAGUACAAACAGAAACCAAAAUAUGUUUAAAGACCAGAUUUUGGCCUCUAUAAAUAGUACAUUUCAUAAUGUAAAAAUUAGGUGUUUUGUGAUUUUUGGGGGGGAGGGGUUAGUUAAAAGAUAUAAUAAAUUAUGUAGAAGUUCAGUGUCCUGCGAUGGACUGGCGACCUGUCCAGGGUGUACCCCGCCUUUUGCCCAAUAUAAGCUGGGAUUGGCUCCAGUCCCUCGUGACCCUGUAAGCAGGAUAAAGCAGUUGGCGAUGGAUGGAUGGAUGGAAGUUCAGUGUUCGCUGUUUACACUUUUUUCUUGAGCUGGAACUUCCUACUGUAACGUUAGCUGAUUCUGGCGCCUUGUGACUAUGAAAGUGGUUAUCAAAACCCUGAAUUCUUUUACCUACUGCAGAAAAAUACCACAUUCCUUCUCGCACAAACUUCUCCACAGUGAUUCAGUUUUUCUGUAUCAUCACUGUCUUUUGCAAAGCUUAGUCACACUUUUGACUACCUCCGGCCUGCCAUACUGUUAACACUCUAUAUGAGCAUUGAUGCCUUCAUAACAGGGGAUGUAGAAUGAAUUUUACUAGUUUAAAUAAACCAAAGGUUGCUUUAAGGAGAGUUGAAUUGUAGAGCUCAUUUUAAAGGAAGGUGUGAUUCUUAUAAAUGUGUCUAUAGUUCUAAUUCCAAAUCAUGUGUUUGAUACCCAGCCCUAAUGAUCUGUUAGGUACUCAGCUGGUAACUGGCCAACAACUGAAGUUCUGUCUGUUUUUAUGGUAACAUUUCAAUUUGAUGAUACAUUUUAAGGAUAAUGUUAGUUUAACCCCAUCUAGUAGUAGUAGUUAUUACUCAUUUCACUCAAGCCACAAAAACUGACCCACUGUGGAAAGGAAACAUCUAAUAUAAUGAUGAGUUUGUCUAAGUGAACAUGUUAGAGGAAUAUAAUCACAGAUGUGCUGUUUUUAUCAGGUUUGUAGCUGUGGUCUGGGGAAUAAGAAGUGAAACUGGGUUUCCCGAACAACCGGGGUCGAGGUUGGGUUUGGGAGUGGUGAAAUACGGGUUUGACAUAUUUUAAGGUUGGGACAUUUACAUUGGGCGGGGUUGGGUAGGGGUGUUAUCAGUGAAUCAUUUUGACUCUCAGCAACACAGUGGCAAAGCAGGAGGAAGGGGUCACAGUGCUCUGACCCCACUCCAAGGGACAAAGGGGCUCUCUAUCUUCUUAGUGUCUUAAAGUGGAAAUCAAACUGUCCUGGUUUUAAGAAUGAACAUGUGGAUUCUGUUUUAGAGUUGGUGUCCCCUUUAGUUUUAUAUUUGUGUCUCCAUAUAAUUUGGAUCAGUUUGAUGUACAUACUAAACAUAUGUGUGGGGGGAGGGGGUUCAAUUAUUUUUUAACAUGAUGAGUUUCAGGAUAGCAAGUUGACACUGUUGUCAUGAAGGGUCAUGGUUUGCUGUCUGAUUUAUAGCAUAUAAGUUAAGUUACAGAAUGUUUUUACACACAAAUCAAAUUGAUUUGUGUGUAAAAACAAAUACAUUUGUUUGCUGCAGCUACUCUUUGCAGCACAUAUUAAUUUUGUUGUCAUAUUGUCUUCUUUUGUUUGAGGAACAAUUCUAUGAACUUACAUUGCCUUAAAUAUCAAGUGAAGUCUGUUACCGAAGCUCGCUCUCCGGCUGGAUAAAGUGUGUUUAGUUUUUACUGGUGCUUCGCUGUUAGUUUAUACUAGUCCAGACCUGUAUUCAUAAAGCCUCUGAGGACAGGAGUCAUCAGGCCAGAGACAAGAGUCAAUUAAAUUUUGAGUUUGUGUUUCUUUAACUAAUUGUCUUUAACCUUAAAGCUAAAUAUAGUGUAAUCUACCAUUUGGCAUUUUAGGGAAGUGGACAGUUUUCUCCCUUAAAGUUUGUUCAAUAAAACUGUAAGGUGUCACUUUGAUUCUUACCUUUGCACCGUACCAAAGUAACCCACAUCUGCUAAAAUGUAAACUGAGAUGAUGGAAAUGGAAAGCCAAAAUAUAUUGAUGAAGCGUGGAUUAUACCAUGUUCGCAUAAAAAGCUCAAUUUUGAUUGGCUAACAGGCGUCAGCUAAAACUGUACAUGUGGAUACAACAAACAUUGCAACAACAAUAACAACAGUUUAACCUCAGUUCUAAAUCAGUACAUACUGGAUAUUAAACUGCAUGUAUCCAUGGAAACAGUUCUUUUGACAGUUGCAACUUACCAACAGUCAGCUCUUACAAUGGGUUCAAGUGACUACAUAGACACUUUGAAAAAUUGGAGGAUGAUUUUAACAAAGCUUCCCCUUUUGCCUUUGGUAAUUGGCCAUCGUAUAAACCCAAUAAUACACUCUGUAGUGUCCUCAGAGUGCAUUAUCUCUUACUAAAUGUUGUACAUUUCGGGGUCCUUUGCUUUUGUAGAACAAUAUGAUUUGGUUACCUUAUAUAAAAUGGGGAUUUCAGAUUUAUCUUCAGUAAGCUGAGUGCAUCUUUACACCAAUUAAAGCAUACACUGAGAAGAAUAGUAAGCAAAGGCUUUUCUAGGAAGCAGUUACUAAUGUAGGUCAGGUGGCUGGGGACACACUAGGUCCAGCUCUUAAUGUCACAGAUAUUGUAUUGUACCAUUAAGUGCUUGCUACUGGAUCUCAUAGUAUUGGUCUAAGAUCAUCAUGUAGGUCACAUAAGAAAUUAAUCUAAACCAUGACUGCGAGUUCAAGCUUUAUAUCUGUUAACAAUAUUCUCAUUCACCUAAACAUCAAUACGAAUUGUUUGCACAUCUGAUUGGAUCAUCACCCCACUCACUCAUCAAAUUUGAUUGUCAGAUUUCAUCCAAAAUAUAAUAUUUUCUGAAAAAAACAUACGACAGAUUACAGAUUAUAUUUUCGAUAUUUUAAUCUCAUCUAAUUAACUUUCUCUGAUGAAGCUAACCUUGGAUAGAACUGUGCAUCUUGAAUAAAUUGAUGAUGACUUCAACUCAGCUCCUUAAGCCAAUACCAUAAGCAUGACAAGACACACACAGGGUUUCGGAAAAUAGUGGACUCGGAUUUGCCUCCAAAUGGUGCAUUAUCUUAUAUUGAGAUUUACCACACUCACAAGGUGUCCAAUACUACCUGCAUAUCCUAAACAUUUUUUUCAAGUCACUGUUGAUGUUUUGCAAUUGUGCAAAGUGAAGUGAAUUUGGUUGCAAAUCAUCAGCAGUGGACUUAGAGGGAAAGUGGGGUUUUGGAGGGCUAUUGGUGUAAAUAAUCAGGGAGUGAAACUUUGAUUGCUUAUUACCAAGGUUUUUCAAUAUAUAGUCUGGCUUUGUGAGUCUUGUCUUUAUCAGGUAUAAUGCCAUAAAUUAUUGAAAAUGUUAAUGCUAAUAUUAGCUCUAAAUAAUUAUUAGCACUGUUAACUGGGUGUGAUUAGAGCUCUAUGUGACUGCCAUACCUCUGGUAUCCUUGAUGAUCAAGUAUGUCUGUUCUGUUCUGAGAUAGUUUUAUGAAUACUGGUCGUCUUUUGUACAACCUAGCAGACUUUGUGUAGGAAAAAUGGCAAGUACACUGGCUUCGACAUGAUUCACCUUCAUGAAGAUGUGCUAUAACGCAGCUGUGAGGCUCUUUGUGCUUAACUGUCACUGUUAAAACUGAAGACACAAUGAUAUUUUGUAUUACUGGUUGGUGUUUUUUUGUAGCACAAAACUACAUAAAAAGGACUCCAAGAGGGUGAAAUCCUUCUGUUUAACAAUGCAGAGUGAGCAUAAUUAUACUGUCUGUUAGCUAUGUAUAAACAUUUUCUUUAAUAUGACACUUGCGUAAAAGUAUUAACAUAGUUCUGAUUAUCAUUUAACAUCUGACCUCUUUCUCUUGUUAUUCUUGGUGUAUAAAUAAAACUAUAUCUCACCAACCGUAAUGGUACGUAUUGUUACCUCCGUGCAUCCGAAUGCAGGGAGAUUCCUAUCAUUCGUUUACAUUUUACAGACCACAUGAAUGUCAAAUGAAAAACCUGUUGAAAAAUCCAAAUCUAGGAAGAAAAAAAAACUUACAAUGUUGAUGUUAUUCGUAUUAUUGCUAUCAAAUAAUAAAAAUAGUAUUGCAUUAGUGUUUUUUGCUUUGUGGGAGACUGUCUGGUAUGUAGCUAUGUAACACUUGUGGACUGUAUUGUGCUCACUGCCCGAGUCAUGAAAUUAAACAGUUCUUACCACUCAAAAAUGAGGUUUCUUCAACAGGAGUUGUUGCUGUCAAGGCCCCAUUUCCUAAAACUUGUAUCAACUUUUUCCAACCACAAAUCCACUCACACAAUAUGGCCGAGAUCACUACACUUCUUAUUUCACUUUAGGUAUUGUUACUAUGUCAGAACAUCAGCUAAAUUCUAAAAUUUUAUUUAAUUACACAUCUGUUUAGAUAUUAACUGAUGCUAUCUAGUCAUAAUUUACUAUUAGUAGUGCAAUGUCAAUAUUGGUUGUGAUUGGUUGGGGUCAGCUGACAGAGCUGUUUCUAUCACAUGACUCUGGCUGUAGCUACAUAAACUUACUUGUUCCUGUCCUGCAGAUGGCAGACUGAACUACUAUGCUAGCUGGCUUGUUGUCAAUGCAUAAAGACUUUUUGCUGACGCUUGAAUUUUAAAUUGUAUAUUUUUCUCUGCUUAUGAAAUGAAUAAAAGAAUAAAUAAAU